CAUCUCUGACUUGUGAUCUCGAUUGGGACUCCCUCUGGACCGGAAAAAUGUAUGGAGCUGUUACACUCUUCAUCUUCAUGUGCUUGGCCGCCACCACCAAUGCAGACCACCACCAGCACUGUCAUUCACCCAACAUUACAGGAUUGAUGACUGUGAUGUCCCUAAAGGGUGAAAUUAAAGCAUAUGGUGCCAUCACUUAUGAUUCAACAGCCAACAAACUCCUCAGAUCAAAUGAAAGCUUACCGACAAACCAUUCACUCGGUUUGGAUCUCCUGAUGUUUUUUCUGGAAGGGGAUAUCUAUGAGAUUGACAGCAAAAACCAGUGUGUGAAAAAAUCCUUGCAAUCAACAGCACACCCUCUGGACAUUCCUGAUGAUGCCAAAUAUUAUGGCACGGUAACUGCUGGGAGCCGAACUAUUGAAGGGGAAGGAAUAAAAAAAGUAUGGAUGGGAACAAUGUCAGACGGGAAAGUCCAUUACUCUAUGUCUGUAACUAUGGGAUGUUUGCCUAUGACCACAUUCUACUUCACUGAGCCCACUUCAUUCUUGUUCAGCCUCGUGGAAGUUGAACAUGAGAUCAAGGACCCGGAUCUCCUCGUCGUACCCUCCUUCUGUGAGAACCAGCCUUUGGAGGAGACGCCUGAAGGGACAGUAAACAGUUUCCUCAAUGAGUUCGUGUAGAUGAAGCCUUG